AUGUCUUAUAUUGCCAAACAAGAUAUUUCUUUUCAUACAUGUUUUCAUUUGUCAUGUGACAAAACCACAGUCUGUCAGUGGACCCUGGAAGGGAUUGAAGAGCUUGUAACAUGUCCAGGAAAGCCAUAUACAGAGGGGACUGCACAUGUAUUAGUCAUAGAUUCUCUGCCCACACAGACACUUCAGAUCCUUUAUUUCUGUCAAAGAAAGUAAGCCCCCUGGAGAAUGAAUGACAUAGAUGCAACUUGCUGCAAAAUGCAGAAAUGGGAGGAAUAUCGUCAAAAGGAAAGCUAAGUCAAAAAUAAACCCAAAUCGAGCUUGUUCUGUUGGAGGAGUGCUAUCAAAAGAACCAACUUCAGCCCCUUAUCAGACUCAGUCAAGCUGCCAAUCCAUAACCAGAUGCUGAUCUCUGACCCACUUCAUAUGUCAAUGGUUUCAAACCCUGUAAUUGAUGUUUCCAAAGACAAGUAACCCUCAAUCUUUUUUUCAAGCACCUUCCUCUCAUUCCACAGGCGGCAGCACCAAAGUGUUUCAGCCGAAAUACAAGGAAAGCAGAGCAAAGUGAUGGGCAUCCCUCUCAAAAAGGCCCAGAUUAAAGAUGACCUGCUGGUGGGCACAGUUAAAUGUAAACAUUAAAGAUACACAACAAAUAUAGGAUUUGACUUUUUUCCACUUGUAUUGUGGUAUUUAGUUUUUCAAAGGACUCUAUUUCACUCAUGUUUCCACUUUUGAAUUCAAAGCUUUAUGUCUUCAAUUGCAAAUUUAACUCGGGGUGACGCUGUUUUGAGCAAAUGUAAGAGCUCAAAACCUCACAACAACAGCUCUGUCAUGAUGCUGUGAGCAAGUAUGCUAAUGCUAUUCAAAUUUAAGAUGGUGUAAGACAAGGCAGAACUUAAGUGAUACUGAGGGAAAUCCUGUUUCCUUUAUCGCCUCCAAACUACUGUGCAAAGUAUGAAGGACAAAAAAGAGCAUCUAAACUAUAAAAUAAGACAAACUGACAACACAAAGUAUUAUUUACAAAAAGUUAAAGUCAUACUUGUAAUUACUUUCUGCUGAUUGCUUCCAAUAAUUACUCAUAUUUACAGUCAUACUCUAUAGCAGGAAAGUCACCGUUUGAUAUGCAAAAAUAUGUCAAAGGAGAGACUGAACGUUAGAGCAGCGGAAAUUCUUUCUGAAUCUCUUGAGUGGUCAAGGGUUAAAAAAGCAUCAGUUGUCAAAGAAAUGUACUGCUGUAGUAUAAAAACUGGUGACUCCCUCAAAGGCUGUCAGAUUUGGUAUAAUUUUGACAAAUAAGAAAACUGCUUAAUAGGAAACUGUGAUUUUGUGUUGUGGAAACUCAACUUUUAAGUGAAGCUUCUUUUUAAGUCUCAAGUGUAAAGCUUUGUCCACAGGGGUUUACUGGACUUCCUGUCAGCCUGGCUGCCCGGCUUUAUGUGAUACAAAAAAGUCUCUUAUUAUUACUGUUGUUAUCAUGUUUAAUAGAAAUAAACCAUAUAAUGUUUGCGUAGAUUGCAGUCUAAAUAGUUUCUGUACCAAACAAACUGGUUCACAUAGACAUCAGUGGGAAUGUCUGAUCAUACAGAGUCUGUUGAAGGCAACUUGAGAUCCAUAUUUCCUUUAUAAACAUUUUUUCCCCAAGGAGUUUAUAACAUUUUCCUGCUGGCCUCAUGCAACAUGUUGUUACCAUAUUAAGAAAGUCGAUAAAAAUAAACACAAUGACUAACCCCAUUGCUUUCUGUACUGCUGCCUAUAAACACAGCAAACAUUUUGUAAACAAAUAAUAGAAACAUAGACAACGAGUUAAAGGAAAAGUAUAAGUAAUUCAUUCUGUAAUUACUGUUCAUAUUUCAAAUCACUACAUCAAAUGACCUUUCUCUCCAGCAACCAGUUUACAUGCCACCUUGAUACCGCUAAUUCUGUUUGGUGAAAAGAGAAGAGAAACUGUAGUAUGUACUCUACUUUGGACAUCCACCAUAUCAUUUAUUGCCAAUUGAACAGCAUCUUAAUUUGGUUAAUAUAUAUAUUAACCAAGUGUGCUGCAAACAGUAGAUAACAAUGGUAGAGUACAUUAAAAAUAAAGUUUGUACUCCUUCAAUCAAAUCUAAAAGUAAAGCAGUUGAGAACAAAGGUUUUACUAGUCACAAGAUGUGCCACUCAACCUUUCCAGUUAGUCAUCCUUAUAUAAAAUUACACUAAUGAACACUAUACACACAGUAAAACACAAUCAACAAGCCAUUUUUCCUCUUUUCAAGGUCAGCGACCCUCAAAGAGUUUAGCCUCUUGAGUGUAAAUGCGUACAUUUACAUCAUUAACUAUUUUUUAAAACUUAUUUUCUUAUUGUUUCUGCUUCAAUUUAUGUAUUUUCCUACAUCACUCUUUGAUUUAUUUAAUUGAUUUGCCAUUUUAUUGACAAUAAAAUUGCCAGGGGGAGAUGGGCAGUGACUGGCCACCACUGCUGACCCACCAGCUGGAGGGUGUUGUGGUUCAGGGUCGAAUCACCCUGUGAAAGCUGGACGCCACUUGAUGACAUCAGACAGCAUCGAUGCAGAUGUAUAUCAUAGAACCUUAUUGAACAGAAAUUUUUGGAACAGCGCAGAACCAUUAAAAAGGGACAUUUGUCUCAUCAUUAUUCAUACAAACAUAAAAUGAGUCCUCUGUUAAGUCUCAAGUCAAAUGCUGUCAGCGUCUCAAAAAUCAAGACUACUGAGUGGUCAGCAGUACUUCAAAGAAACAGCGCCUCCUAGCAGAAAACUGUGGUACUGAAAGGAAUUUACACCAUGAUGCAUGUAUAAAUGAAAAUGUUUUAAAUAUAUAUUAUAAACUGGCUCACAAAGGCAUGAUUCUAAAUUAUGAAAAAAUACGUUAAUAAGAUAAAUUGAGUAUCAAUGACACACUACAUCUAAUUAAUUCUGCACAAACAACACUCACAUCAAAUAAGCUAUUCAGUACACUUUCAGAUCUCACACCACCAUGUUAUUGCCAUUCAAGUUCAACAAUCAGUCCAAUAUAGAUAAAUAGAUUUAUUUAUUUAUAACACUGUAAUUUAGCACCUUAGAGGUUUCCUGCAGAAAUUCUUACAGCCAUACAUAAGUUAGUGUAUAAAGGAUAAACUGAACUGUUCUCUUGGUUGUUUUGUAUCUAGGUACAGUUUUAAACAAGGUUAAUAUAUUGCCUAUGGUAUUUUUAAACAGAAUUGUAUUUAAUAGAUCUCGAAAUAGACUGAACCUACAGUAUACAUCCAACUUUUAACGCCCACACUUGUGCAUUGUAUGAAUUAGUCUCCUGUUAUUCAGGACUGGAAAACUAUUUAUAUUCGCUCAUGUUAGUUUAAACCAUACUAACAAUCUUCUCUGCAAAGUGUGCAAGGAGCACCAUCUACAAAAUGACUCCUGAAUAGAGGUGCUGCAAAAACUUUACCUUGGGAAGGGGCAAGGUUAUAUUACUGCACAAAUUAAUGCUUUUGACUAUAUUUCAGUAAUUCAUCUGGGAAAAUAUGCCUUAAGAUACUUUGAGGCUCAUAUCUUACUUGACCUCACCUCUACUGCCAAGGGUUAAAAUGUUCCAAGUAAAGUCCCUUUUUCUUCAGUAGAUUAUGAACAGAACUGUGAUUUUACCUCUACUUAUGUAACUAUUUUAGUAGGGGAGAGUGGGGUAAGAUGAGACAUUUUUCAUAUUUCAGAUCACUACAUCAAGGCAAUCAUAGUUUUGUCUCUAACUAGAGUAUCUGCAUAUUUCAAGAUGUUGUGCAUCCCUGCAAACCAACAAAAUGAGUGCAAACAGAACUGUCUUGAUAAUGUAUCAUGCCAAAAAAAAGUGGUCUCAUAUGGUCAACUUACCCCGUGUAUGGGGUAGUGAAAAAUGUUUUUCUUUUGUAAAUAAAUGUCUAACCCAUUCACCCAUGUGCUUCUAACCUUCACAGACUCCAUGAAUUGAUGCCUAAAUACUUGGUCACAUGAUCAAUUUCUUUUACCAUUUCCAAGUAACAGGGAGUGGCUCAACUUACCCUUUGGCUCAACUGACCCCAGUGUCCCCUACUCUCCACCCCUGUCAUCAGGCCCUAAAGCAGUGCAGACAGUACAUGCACCAUGCAGAUCUGCAUUACUGCUUUCUACUGGUCGGCCUUGUAAGUAUCUGGUGGUGCAGCAGAUCCAGGCAGCGGCAGUGUUGUACAAGACGCACACUAGUGGAGAGAAGAUGAGGUGGGGGCCGGAAGAGCAGACUGGCACAGCUUUAAGAGCUACUGCAAGAAAGAAAAAUGGCCCGUGUAUUCAUUCAUCAUAUGAACAUGCAAUACUUAUUGAUUAUGAUUACAGAUACUUAUGUUUACACCUUUGAUUAAUAUGUUUUUUUAACAGAUGUAGGGGCACAUUGAAAUGCAGUACAUUAAAGUCAAAGUGCAGAUAACAAACCCAGGCCUUACAUUAUAGUGUUAACUUUUAUGACACCCUCAGUUAUUCACAAAUGUAGACUAGCAGUCUUUCUAGCUGAAUAGAGGAUUUCACGAGACCGAUCAAUCAAGAGAUCCUCGUGCAUGUGCGCGCCCAUGUGUCUUGUCUGUACAGGCGGUGCAGCAGCCGGACCAGGGGUGUGUCAUAACGGGGAGUGUCAGGGUCCACUAGCAUAAACAGCGGCUCUCAGCUCCUCUGCCCCGCCGACUCGACGCCUCUCUGCCCCCGCUGCAGCAAGAAGCGCCCACCGCGGCUCACUCAGGUCCAAACCAGUCCGUCCUUUCGUCGGUUCCCGAUCACAACCUUUCAGGUGAGUCAAAGAAUACUUUGUUCUGAUAAAUCACAGAUCACAGCUCGGUAUUCUGAUGUCAUGAUUAAAGCUGCAGGGGGAGUGUACCGUUACUUUCCACGCAGACAGGGACAAAGGCUUGAUAGAGUAAGUUGAAACUGUGUGUACCAGAAAGUGUUGGUCUCUUUUCUGCACGAAAAAGUGUUUUUCUCGAACCCAGGUGCUCUCCUGAGUAGCUCAGUCAGAGAGGUGUAAACCAUGCUUUUAUUGUCAAAAGUGCACCACUGCUGCUUCCUUAUAUGGACAGACAGUGGAAACCCUUGAUGAUGACUAAAAAUGCUGUUUGGCUCAGCUUAAACUGGGCACACUGUCCUUAACUACUUAGAGGGAGAUCAGACUGCCAGGAUAAACAGACAAAUCCAGACUUUUUUUUUUUUCAAAAGAAGUUGCCAAUAAAAAUCAGAGCAAAGUUAUCAAGCAUCUCACCAAUUAGACCUGUGAAUUUCCUCAGCAGCUGUAUGCUCUAUUUAAAGACAUCCGUGGUUGCCAUAGCAACAUACAACCAAAUAGUGGGACUGUUCACUAAGGAAGUUAGUCACAGCACCCUGAGUGUGGUUGUUUGUUUCAGCAGAUGUGGUUUGAGUGUGUCAGACACUGAAGUUUAUGUGUGAGUCUGUGUGUAUGUGUGUGUAAGGAAGAGAUAAAGAUGUUUACUAGCCAAUCAGAAAGCACUUUGUCAGGGCUGCACUGUCAGCUGUCAGACAGACAGAGAUGAGAUUAAGGGAUGCCAGUCCAUGCCCCUGACUGUGCUAACCCCCUCUUCAGAUUUAGACAUGAGCUUCAAACAAUUGUGUGGGCGUGCUUUCUGUUCAUGUGUGCAAGAGGGGAGGACAGCUGUGUGCUGUGGAUGGUAGUGUGUGAAAUUAGACACCACUGAAGAUGGCAUGUAAACAUUACUUUUCCUUGCUGGAAAAGAUAUAUGUUUUGUUCAGCUUGUGUAUUAUUGGAUCAUUAUCAUAGUGCUCCUAAGGAGUCAUCUUGAAGUCUAAAAGUAAUGUCCUACUGAAUUUAUAUCAUACCAGCUGUAAGCUACAAAGUACUAGUCUGUUCUCGAGUUUAAAAAAAUUACCAGUGGGUUGUUAACCUCCAAACUGUAAACAUGUUUUUGUUUCCUUACAAGCUGCCUCCUGUGGUUUUGCUGUUAUGUAACGACUGUGCCCAUGUCUUCCUUUAGGUGCACAAGAAGUGGUGGUUUGCUACAAGAGUAUGUCAGCAUUAAGUGUUAGGAGGGAUGUUUGGUGGUUGGCCCGUUAUAUGCUUACCAAUUACAGUACAUAAUUAUGGUAUUUAAACUUAUGUUCCACUAGCACUUGCACAAUAUGAGGAAAUACACACUGUUCUAUUAUAAUUGUUCUGCUUGACAAUUUUACACAGUGCGAAGUAUCAAAAAAUCUGAAAAGCAGUGUUUCUUUGUCCAUGUUUUAUCAAAUAUGUAUGCAGUAUCUCCCUGGUAAUUUGUUUUAUUUAUCCAAAAGACGUUGUAUUUCACCAUUAGAUCAGCAAUCUCAGGGUUACUGGUAGUUAGCUUUAGCUUGGUCUUGCUGCAUCAAAAUGGUGUGAAAUAUGGCCUGUAUACCUAAACCUCCAUCCAGUUCUUAAUUUGGACGUAUGCUGAGAGUAUUGCUCGUUUUAAUUGAUUAAGACUUUUGCGCUGUUUAUUUUGCAGAUGCCAAUAUUGUCACCAAAAAGUAAUACUGAUAUGAUAUGUAGGUCUGUAUUGUUAAAGGUUCAGUGUGUAGUACAGCUGCAUUUAGUGUGUUUGAAUUUGUGCGUCAUCGCCUGAUUCUAACAAUCACUUUGGCUAUGCUAACUCAAAAUGACCUUUUAUUUCUACAUAGGAGUGUGGCCCCCUUGAUGCUGUAGUUCGCACUGCCAUGUUUCUACCACAGUAGAAAAUAAACAGUCUUGUAACUUAAGUGUUUUUGUAUGGAGUCAGUUACUGCAUAAAAUUCCCCCAUCAGAAGAGGAAAUGGUUGUAGUUAGUUUUGGUAGAGGUUUUUGACGCUCACAUCUUGAUCAUAAUCAACACAGAAACAUGAAAUCAUGUCAAGUAAAAGAGUUUUUGUGUUCCUGUAGCAUUUUAGCCCCUUCAGUUCCAGCUUUAUACAAGCAGACUACACAGUCAUAUUACAGUGUUAUGACUUCAUGCUUUCAUCUGAAGUUGCCUACAUCUGAGUGUAAGUAUAGCUCAAGCAAAGAUCUCAGAAAGAAACAAAAUAUGUUAGUGAAGUUUUGUACAAUCUUACUGAGUUUAGUUUUAUGUAUCUAUUUGAUACAAAAAAUACAAAUUGACUGGGUGUGAUUAACUGCCACAAAUAAUCAAUUUUAAGACAGAAGCUGGGGGCAAAUCAAUUAGAUUUUGGACCUGGGUUGGGUUCCAAAGGUCAGAGCUUUGACUUGCCUGGUGUUGAAGCUCUCUUACCUUCAAAAAAUGGUAAGAUGUCUUUAGGCCUGCACAGUCAUAAAGUCACUGUUUGGUUUCUAUAUACACUGAAGCUCGUAACUGAAAUUUCAACACCCCCUAACCGCCAUUGUGGCAAAUCAGAAAAUGCUUACACAAGCAAUUUUUAACUUGGGUGGGGCACUGGAAGAAGACCUCAAACCAUCUCCUCAUUUAGCUUUAAUAUGUUCUGCAUGAGACCGUGACUCUAAAUAUUUUUCCACAAUACUCAUCCAAAGGUUUGAAGUUCGUAACUUAGUCCAGUAGUUGUUUUUGGAAAGAUUUAAAAACUCUAUUUCUGGAAAAGUUGAGGGGUUUUCCAUUAGCUGUGAUAUAAUCAGUGUUAUUGCAGAGGUAGAUUGUUCCUAUAACAACCCUCCCAUCCUACCCUUCAAUAACCAGUCAUAAACAGCCAUUUGGAUUGCUUUAGUGUAAACAGAUGACAAGGGGGCAGAGUGCUUAUUGAAAACCUGUCCAGUCUGUGUGCAGUGUUAUCUGUCCAGAGUGAGCUGAGGGGCAGCUGGCUGGCCCUCAAGAGGCAAAAAGCCUUAUUCACGGAGAGAAUGAGUCAUCAAGACUCCCUCCUCCUGGAGCAAGAACCAGAAUUUAGCUCAGGAUUUGAGAUAACAAGAUUUCACAGAUUAAACUAUUAAGGGUUUGUUUUGAAGUGGGACACCAGCAGACGAAUCACAAGGCCAAACCAUCAUAUGAAUGCACUUUCUUAUGUGCACAUUGGAUCAAGUUUUCACACAUCCCCAAAGCAACAGCACACACACACACAAAAGAGAGACUUGAAAAAUGUGGGGGGAGGGGAUCAGAUAGCUGAGGCUGGAAUGACAGAGUCCCUCCAUGUGUGUUUAGGGCAAAGAGGGUACAAAGGAUCUGCAGUUAGUGCACUGUAACACAAUGAAUACCUCCGGUCUGCAGAGGUGUGGGAUGGCCUGCAGACACCAUCUGCUUUUUUCAGCACGCUCAUGAAGAAGCGCAGACUGGUAAUCAUGUGACCUGUUCUAUUUAAAAUUAAAGCUAUGAGUGUGUGAGUCUUCCCCUCCGUGAGUCACUUUAACCAAGUUUAAGCUUCCAGAAACAGUGAAGAUUUAUUUAAGUCAGCUGUUGCCCUCCAUUCAAGAAAACUUUGCACAAAAAUAUUCCUAUUUGUACAAAACUGAACCGCUAAUUCCCCCCUCUCUCCCUAUCACCACAGUUGACAACACAUUUUAUAAUGUUAGCUUUGAUUUUUCAAAGUGUAAGCAGGUUUCGAUGCUGUGUCUCCCCUCCAACGUGUUUUCUUUUUCAAGUCACAGACAGUACAAGAAGCUAACAGAGGGAUAAAACAGCUUUGAUGUGCUCGUACAGACUGAAGUUUCCACUCCAUCACAGGGAAAGAUCACAGUCAAAGAGAGUCAUAUUUAUUUAGUGCUGCAGAAACAAAGAUCCACUGAAUAAGAAGUAGCACUCAAGUGAUAUUUUCAAUCGGAAGAAAGGUAUUCAGCUGCUGGAGGAUGAGAAGAUUUCUUGAACAAGUCAACUUUUCAGGAUUUGUUUUCCUUUUCAAUAGAAGAUCUAUUUUCAGACAAACAGGGCUACAUGCGCAGUACGUUUUUGAACAUUUUACACCGGGUUUGAACUGCUUACAUUUUACAUUUUAUUAUGAAACCUAUAUUUGAAGCAAGACUGUCAAACUUUACUUCAAGUGAAGUAAAAAACUGAAGUAACAGCUUUUUCAUUUCACUCUCAAUGCCCUCACUAUUAGUUUUAGCCGCUGUUUGCCAUCUAAGGGGGAGUUUCACACCUUUGUUGUUUGAUCCGGGCUUUUGGACUUUUCUGUUUGGUCCAAACCAUAAUGAUAACUGCAUCUUUGUCUGGACCAAACAGCUUGAUUAUGAUUUUGAGAAUGAUGAUUUCAUUCAAAUUGACAACAUUAAAAUGUCAGACACUGGCCGGCCAAAUUACCAGUCGAUGUAAACUACAGAGACAUCCAAAGCACGUAGUUGAUGAUGAUUAUAUCACGUGGGUUCGUAAUGUACAGUCUGUUAGUUUGUAUAAUGACAGUCUGAAACCUAAACAGGACAAACCAAAUGUAAACAAUGUAUGAAAAACACGGACCUAUGUCCUGACUUUCAGGUUUGAAAACUCCCUCAAACUUCUUAGCUGUGAAUCGCUCUCUGUGGUAAUGAGGACUCCUGCGCUCAGCUCAGACUUCUGCAGGCAAGCUGCUGUUAUAUUGCUGGGUGUGUCAGUUUCAGUUAAUGAAUGGCUGUGUAUCAACUCAAGCUGAAGUUACUGAUUUAUCAUCUAGUUAUUGUAUUUGCUCACUGCAGUGGUUCCGGUUAGUUUCCUGGUAUUCAUAAAUAAGAAAUUGAAGAUGGUUUGCUAAUGUGGUAUUGGGAUGGUAACUUCUUUACUCUUAUAGAAAAUCGAAAAUGUUUGUUAACAUACUCAGUUUUUUUGGUUUUCUUUUCUAUUAGAAGACCAGACCCACUCUGAAGGGGUAAGUUUAAGUGAGAUGCUGGCUUUAAAGGCAAAGUGAAAGAGGGAAACUGCUCCCAUGGCUCUGUCCAAUGACAAACAGAAUACUUACAAAUCUAAUGAUAAUUACGUGCUUUAUUUGUUUUGUAGUUUAUAUAACACUUAUACUCACACCAUAUUUGUACACUGAUGGCAUGGGCUGCUAUGUAAAGCACCCAUCAGUUUUGACUAAUCCCAUUCACACGCCUUUGGGCACAACCAGCAGGGGCUGGCGGAACCUGGGAUUAAAGCCCUGACCCCCAGAUUUAGAGCCUACCUCCAAUCUCAACUCUACUCCAACAAAUAGGGAUGUGUGUUGGCUGGGUCUGGUUGAAGUGGCAUACUAUAUAUCCAGCUGCAAUUUAGCACAAGAACAUAGAUGUUAGUUUGCAGGAGGACUGUGGCUGGGGUUGCCAACUCUGCCAACCUUAGGCACUAUUGGCAAUCACUCAUGACAUUGUUUACCAAGAGACUCAAGAGCAACGCAAAAUAAACAGUGCUUAAUUUGGACUUUUUAAGUUUCCAUUGAAACAAUCAGGAAAUGAGUCGCUCCAAAACAUCUGAUGAUGUUGUGUUUUGGUGAUGAGGCAUCUUUUUUUUUUUCACUUUAAGACUGAUUGUUGUUAUCUUGAACAUACAAUCCACUUUGUCUUAUGAGCUACAAAAACUUUUUCCAAGUUCUUUGAAAUCAAUCUAGCUUUUUAGGAAAACAUAAGACUUGAUUUUAAUCGAAUCAGUGAUGCUGUAAUUUAAUCUCCUGGAGCUUUAUCAUUGCUAUCAUAAAAGCAAGAUAAUCCACCGGAAAAACGGUCAGCCGUUGUUCGUAUUAGAUUAGACUUUCUUAUGCAUGUGACUCUAUCUAUCCUCCAGCACAUGACAACUCUAUGGCUAACUUAUCAAAGUUUGCAAAUGAUGUCUUUUCAUGACCCAAAAUGUGUAAACUCUGUGUUCCUCUGUGAGUUAACCUUUUAACCACGUUCUGCCUCUGUCAUUGUUUUCAGUGUUGACAGAUGAAGAGGUCAACAUCACUUAUUCUUACCACAUGUUUCAAAGUCGUAGUUAUGUCUUCCCGUGUGGCCUCAGACGCUGCAGAUUUGCUGUCUGACUUUAUGGCAUUCAGGCUUUUCUAGGCUGGAAACUCCACCAGAAACUUUAGAGCCACUGUAGGAAAAUUAAAGCUUUCCACAUCCUUCUUCAUGUUUUAAUGACCACUGUUGAAUUGAGCUGCAGCCCCAUUUUCUCCUGUUUCAUACCCACACAUGGAAGUUCAUACGGUGCAUGACCAGGAAUGACCUCAGGGUAUCCAGCUGUUUUGGAAGUGUUUUCACCCUUUUGGCUGCGCUCACUCCUUACAGUGAGCUUCCUGUGUAGUCUAAAGAAGUUGUAAACACAUAAAGGUGUCUACAGUAUCUAUCUCUGUCAAUUCAGACUCAGAGGAUUCCAGUCUCAUGUGCUAACAAACGUCCCAUUCAAAGAUCUGGGUAGUUGACUGAAAAUGUCUUCUGCCAAAAUUAUCCCCCCUCUUUUCCGUGCCGAAACAUUCCUUUGCAACAUAAUACUGCGCACUGAGUGAGUGUGUGUGUGUGUGUGUCUGUUACAUAAGAAGAGAGCAGAAAUGGGGAAAAAGGAACCCCACAUUUGUUGGCUUGGUUACAUGAACUCAGAACCACUUCCCUCUGUCAGGGUCAGGAGCAGAUUCCUGCCAUGUUUGUGGGCAGAGGGUUGCGUAGAAGAAUGGAUGAAUCUCACUCCAGUGCAGACGGUUUGUUAUGCAAAUUGGAGGGCAGCUUGUUUGAGCAGCAUUCUUGUGGAAAACUGGACUCUGUGAUUAUUUUGAACUGUAUGACCUAUAGUUUAUAAAUUAUUGGUUUAACAGAGAGGAACUUGACCUUGUUAGGAUCUCUUUAGGAUUGAGGGUGCUGAGAGAUCACAGGGUCAAACAAUGUUGAGUUUUCUUGGUUGACUCCUGUACAGUUUAUGAGUAUUGCAUGAUAUGGAUAACUAAUAUUUGUCAAAAUAAACUUUGGCAAAAUUUAGAAUUAUAGUUUUCAUAGAAUCAGCUAUAGAACAAUCACUGUCGGGUAAAGUCUGGCCAAGAUAGUCACAGUCUUAGCAGAUGACUGUCUUACAUGAGUCUGGUUCUGCUUGAGGUUUCUGCCUGUUAAAAGGAUGUUUUUCCUCUCCACUGUAACUUGAUAAAUGCUGCAAAGCGUCACACUCAUGGUAGUUUAAGGACAGAGCUAGCCUUCUUCACCAGUUUCUUCAGUCUGUUCCUACCUGCAGUCGUGAUGCUCCAGCAGACCACUCCACAGAAGAUGGCUGAGGCCACUACAGAGUCAUAGAAGGACCUCAGGAGUGCUCCCUGCACACUGAAGAACCUCAGUUUCCUUACAGUGCUAUCUAUCUAUCUAUCUAUCUAUCUAUCUAUCUAUCUAUCUAUCUAUCUAUCUAUCUAUCUAUCUAUCUAUCUAUCUAUCUAUCUAUCUAUCUAUCUAUCUACAGCUCUUCAGCAUUGGUCAUAGAAUCAAAUCCCAGUCUCACAUGAUUCAGAGUAUAACUUUGCCCAUUCUCUCCCUAAAUUUCCUGUCUCACCUUCAAACUGUCCUAAAAAUUUAAGUUUAAAGUCUAAAAUCCCCCCCCACAAUAUCCAAAGCAUAACUAAUAUUCAUUGUCACUUUGCAGCAGUGUUUAAUGACUGAUGAAUAAAAAAUGUAUUUCACAGACUUUGACAGUAAAAAGUCAGAAAAACUCAUAUAGGUGUGGCACAGGAUCAUGCAGCCCUGUUCACUUAAUUUAACUUCACCAUCAGAAUUCAGAACGGAUGCAACAACCUGCUCACUAAUCGCCAACCUUUGACAAAUCAUUGAAUAAAAUUGGAAAAAUAAAGAAAUGCAUCAUGAAGGGUUCCUGUAGUCCUUUUCAGAGAGGUUAGGCUCUACUUUAGGAACACUGCCUCACUUCAGAGAGAUGGUUUACCCUCUCUGCAGUGUUGGUGAUGGAGAGGCUAAUGGGUGCUGUGAGGUCAGAACUCAAUAAACACAUCUGUUCAGUAGGUCUUACAGUAAACAACGCUAUGUUUAUAUUUAAUACCCACUCUAAACCACUGUUAUCGGACUUGGCAGGACUUCACCUGCGUGGUCACAAGCUACCAGCAAAGACAAACCUUUAACUCAAACUGUCAUAAAGGUAGAAAUAAUAUGACUGCUAAUAGCUUUUAUUCUCACAUGGUAGAUAAGGAAAUAUGUUGUGAGGGCGUUCAUAGAGUUAGUAUCCCAUUGAGUAAGUUUCCACCAACACAAAGCUUGCUAACAUUUAGUUUCUACUAGAGAUGGGCCAUUUACUAGGUUUGCUGCUUCAAUUAAUAAUAUUUUGACAUAAUCAGCGUCAUAUCAGCAUCAGCUAAGAUAACCAUGCAUUAAAGAUUUGAAUUUCAGUAUUCUGACUUGUUGGGAUUAAUCCAGACGUUUACAGUAUUUUUAAUGCAAAUAGCCAAACUCCUAGCCCUAGCCCAACUCCCAUCUGUGCAAUCUUAAACAUCCACACAUGCUGCUGAGAGGCCAGCUGGAUGUAAUGCACUGUAACACAGACACCCACUUGAGCCUUUUCACUGGGCGCCACAUGUCUUCAUGCUGGUAGAUAUGGCUAAAGGGUAUGGUAUGUGUUUGUCUGAAUGUUUGGGUGAGUGUCUGUGAAUUUUCCGAACUUGAUCUUGUCCAGCUCCUUAUGUGUCUGUUCAGUCUGAGACGGGCUUUGUGCUUUGAGCCCAUGGAGAUUUGGAAAAUAGUGAGCAUUCAGAAGUGGAUUUCUGCGGCUCUCAGGAUCAUGAUUAUCUCUCCUGGGACUUGGGUUCAAAUGCUCUGUUGAAAAGCUGUGUUACAGGCUGAUCUGAGAGAAGAUGCUGUCACAUUGCAUUAUGGGAAUGGUAGUCUAAAUGAUUAUACAAGUCAGCCCUCAAGUUUGACUGACUCUGCAAUUUUUUGAUGAUUUGGGUGAUUAAAACCAGUCACUCUAUUUUUACACCAUUUUUUACAAUAUGUGCGACUGUACCCAGGGUUUUAUUUUGCUAUCAUCUCUGGUAGUUAUGGCAACGUCUGAGUCAUGUCUGCCAGCACUUCCUUUUCCUGCUUUACAAGGGGAAACACCCCAAACACAGAGCAUCAUUGACUCACCCUGCUGGGCAUAAAUAUCCAGCUUUAAUUCUUAACUUUAUCUCCGUAUCCAUGGAAAUGACUCGGCCUCUAGCAAAGUGGCUUUUUUGUUUCCACCAGCAAACACCCACCAAAGAUACAGAGUCCCAGUCAUACUUUUAGAAGGUUAUGAAAAAAGUUCCACUGCUCCGAUAUCUGCUGUGUUAGAACAGCUGUUUGUAAGGUCACAAAGAGCUAAACCUUGAGGUUUGAUUUUCCCUGCAGGCAGGAUGGCAGCCCACCACCCAGAGUUUGAGCGGGCUGGACAGAAUCCAGGCCUCCAGAUAUGGAGGGUGGAGAACUUCAACCUGGUGCCCGUCCCAGAGCAACUCUACGGUGGGUUUUACACCGGAGACGCCUACCUCAUCCUCAACACCAUCAAGCAGCGCUCCGGGAACCUGCAGUAUGACCUUCACUUCUGGCUUGGUGAGUACAGCAAGAGGAAAGAAGUACAGUUAAAGGAAAUGUCCACUUCAUAAUAAAUAAAGUGGACAGAAAGGAGUAGAUAAAGGUCAUUUUCCCUUCUUGUCAUUUUAUUCUUAAAAAAAGAGGAAAUAUUGCAACACCUUUUAAGCUUAAAGUAAAAUGCCUAAAGAAACACAUUGUCUUGCUCAACAGUUCUUGUGGGUGCAAAUGUUCCCCAAAGUAAUUAAAACUCACUGAUAAAGCUUUCAAAGCUUUCAAGUACCGUGUAUUCAGCUAUAAUAAAGCAUCAUUAAAAUUAGUCAAUCUGACAGGAAACUAAACUCUUAGAGUGCACUUUUUUCUUUAACUUUUUGUGUGUUUUUGAUAUUUGCAUAGUCAUGUUGCAAAGGUUAAAACUGUUAAUUCCAGUUUUCUAUUACAUCUACCGCCCUGAAAAUCCUCUCAUGCAUGAAAAAUAUGAAUUGAUUUAUUCCAAAAAGUUAAAUUACUCCUGUAGAAUAUGGCCUUUAUAAUCUGAUGUGUGUUAUUUAAUGUAGAUGCAUCAUAACGGUAGAUCUGCUUAGAGGAAAAGGUUAUUCAGACCUCUUUUUAUGUGCAGCUGGACACAUGGAAAAUAUGUUAUAAGUGAGCUGGGGUACCACAUAGAAACGAUACAAAUGUACCCUACUCUUUCAUAUAAAUCUCCAUUCUGCAAAGUAACAUGAGCUUCAGCUAAACUUCAAUAUUCAGGUGAUUCUGUAGCACUGAAUCAAGCAGGUUUGUUUUUCGACUGGUUUUAUAUGAAUUAGGUCAGCUGGAUUGAUUAUGUAUUUACCAGCCAGAUCUGAUGUAACCCUCCCACACACACACUGCUGAGCCACCCUGUAGGUCAGCGAGUUAAGUAAUGGUGCAUGUUUGAAUGUGGGCUAGGUUUGGACCCCCUGCUGCAUCUGCAUAUAGAUCCACUGACCCAGAGCCCACAGUGUGGGAAUCCCUCGCAACACGCAGCAUCUCUGUGUAGAUGUUACAGUUUGACUGCCACGUUAAAACAAAGACCAGGAGUAACAUGGAGCGCGUCUGCGGCUCCUGUUUUCUAGGUGAUUUUUGCAGCCAGGAUGAGAGCGGCUCAGCGGCCAUCUUUACGGUACAAAUGGACGACUUCCUGGGAGGGAAACCCAUCCAGUACCGAGAGGUGCAGGGACACGAGUCCAAAACCUUCCUUGGCUACUUUAAGUCUGGGAUCAAGUACAUGGUGAGAUGUUAUGUUUUUAACUUCAUUUUUCUUGACAAGGAUGACAAACACAUCCUGUUUAAAGAGUUUGGAAAUCUGUGAGCUUUUGGGGAGUUAAUCUAAUAACGAUAUGAAAAAUACAGCUCAUUUAGUUUUGGUUUUGCAAAAUGAUGAAUCUAGUUAUGUGUAAUUUAAGUUUUGGUUUGUAAACCAAUCAUCUAAAUGUCUAAGUUUCUGUUAAAAAGCUCUCAUUUAUUUCUGUUUCUGUUCAUGUUUAGCUGAAUAAAGAUGUUCAUAUCAUCAUUGUCCUUCAGUAUUAAUUUAUAACAGUUGGAUUCAUUGUUUGUGAUUGAAGAUACUGAACAAGUUCUUGAAUUUGAAUUUUUCCGUCUUUUGAUGUAACUAACAUGAAGGCUGGCAUCCUUUUUUGAAACUCUAUUUCCUGUCUUCCAGAAAGGAGGUGUUGCAUCUGGAUUCAAGCACGUUGUUACCAAUGAGGUGGUUGUGCAGCGGGUGCUCCAGGUCAAAGGUCGGCGUGUUGUCAGGGCAACAGAGGUGGCUGUCAGCUGGGAUAGCUUCAACCAGGGAGACUGUUUCAUCCUGGACCUGGGAGAUGUGAGUCAGACUGACAGGAUGAUGAUGCUGCUCGAACCGUGGCAAACACAGACUCAUUCAGUCAAACCACAAACAUUAUUCAUUCUUUUUCAAGCUCCUUCUCUUCUUUCUGAACAGGAGAUCUAUCAGUGGUGUGGCUCUCAGAGUAACCGCUUCGAGAAGUUGAAGGCUACCCAGGUUGCUAAGGGUAUCCGUGACAACGAGCGCAGCGGGAGGGCCCGAGUGUACGUCUGUGAGGAGGGGGUGGAGAGAGAGAAGAUGUUGGAGGUGAGUUCAGUUAUCAGCAGAACAACACGAUGUCUACAUCUGACUCGUUUGUUAACAUACCUCCUUCUCUGUUCAAGGUUUUGGGUCCCAAACCAGAUCUGCCUCCAGGUGCCUCUGAUGACAUCAAAGCUGACGCCUCCAACAGGAAGAGAGCCAAACUCUACAAAGUGAGAGUCCUGUUUAAGGGCCCGGGUUGGCCAAGUGGUUUAAGCAUGAGGAUAUAGUCUUUUUGGGAGGGGUUGCUGGUUUGCCUCUUAGCCAUGACCCUUUGAUAUAUUUCCUGGCUGUCCUUAAUGAAGACAUAAUGUCCCCCUCCCCCCAAAGAACAAACAGCAGUUCAGUUUAGUUUUUUUUUUUAUAAAGUGGAAUUUGCAGCUGACGAGUACAAUUUUUUUUUGUUGGAAUCUAAUAAGAGUUUAUUAACCGCAGGUGUCCAAUGCCAGUGGGGGCAUGACCAUCGCCCUGGUGGCAUCGGAGAACCCGUUUGCCCAGAGCGCCCUGGAGUCUGGAGACUGCUUCAUCCUGGACCACGGCAGCGAUGGCAGAAUCUUUGUCUGGAAAGGUCAGUGCAGGUUUCCAUGGUUGAUCACCUGUUUGUAUGUUUAGUUUGACGAUGUGUACUCCUGCUGAACAGGAGCCGAGUGGUUCAAGACAUAAAAAUAUGAGAUCAGCCACAGAGAUCUUUUUAAGGGAUAAAGGAACCUCGAAGGUUUUUAAUCUGAGUUAAGUCCAUCCUAUCCUGGAUUUGGCUUCAUAUUGACCACACAAACAUUUGAAAAUAUUUUAUUUUGUCAUCUAAUUUUGCAAGACAGAGAACAAAUUUCUCCAAGUUUCACUCAGGAAUAUUUUUAUGUACAUGAUCAGUAAGAGAAGUGGGAUACUGCCACUUUUUCAAUUCUUACGUACAGUAAGUCACUUCCCCGGGAAACUGGUCCACAUGUGGGAAAGCUCUUGCUAUCAUUUUUAAAAUAGUUAGAAAGUCUCUUGUGUUUAUUCAGGUUUAUUUUUAUUAUGUUUCCUGCUCAAGUAUCUGUUUUUCUUGCUAACAGGCAAAGAUGCUAACAUGGAUGAGCGAAAGGCAGCAAUGAAAGCUGCGGACGAGUUCAUCAAGAAGAUGGGUUACCCCAAACACACUCAGGUGCAGAUCCUUCCAGAGAUGGGCGAGACGCCGCUCUUCAAACAGUUCUUCAAAAACUGGCGCGACAAAGAUCAGACCGUGGGUCUGGGCGUGGCCUACAUCGCUAACAGCAUCGCCAAGAUAGAGAAGGUGCCGUUCGAUGCCGCCAGCCUGCAUGAGUCUGCUGCCAUGGCCGCCCAGCACGGCAUGGUGGACGACGGCAGUGGAGAGAAAGAGGUGAGAGGACGGAGACCUUUUGACCUUUUAUACACUGUCGAGAUGAUUUGUGGUUUCUAGGUGUAAUUUAUAGAGAACAAAAGUCCCUCAAUCUUCUCACUGAACUGUUUUUCUCUUUUUCAUUGUUUUUUGACAGAUUUGGCGUAUUGAAGGGUCCGACAAGGUGCCAGUGGAUCCUUCCACAUAUGGACAGUUUUAUGGAGGAGACAGUUACAUCAUCCUUUACAACUACCGUCAUGGAGGACGACAGGGACACAUCAUCUACAUGUGGUAAGAGGACAGAAGGCUAACUGUCUGAUGGCAGAUAAAACUGAAUCAGGGUUCUGGUUAUUUAGGUUAAAUAAGACACCACCUUAAAAUCACAAGGUACAAAGGAAGCUGGGAAAUAAAACCCAACUACAAUUAAGGAGAGUAAGAGCGAGGAGGAGAAGAAGGAGGAGGAGGAGGAACUCGCUGUUACUCUGAAGCGGUUACACUUUACUUCUGUCUUUGAAGUCGGAAGUGUUGUUGAGUUUUCCAGGAAAAGAAUAUAAGUCUAUUUUCUAAUUUCUGUUUUCUUACUUUAACCCUGGCUUUAAUGGGAUUUCGAGUUGUUGUGGUUGCAGAUAAAGACCCUUUGAGGUUCUGUCUUCUCCUAAUCAAAUCAAUAAAAACAUUCAAUUGUUCCCAGGCAGGGAAUGGACUCCAGUCAGGACGAGAUCGGGGCCUCUGCCAUCCUCGGCGCCCAGCUGGAUGAGGAGCUCGGCGGUGGUCCUGUGCAGGUAAAACUCGUCACUCCUCUAGAUGUGUUUUGUUUCUCUCAUUCAUUUCAUGGAGCUGUUUUCAUCCUGUCGUUCAUUUUAUUAAAGUCUUUACUGUCCCGUGGCUCACUGCGCUGUCACCUCCUUCCUGACCUUUAAAGCCUGUUACUCUAUCUCCUCUCCCUGAUUGUUUCCCUGCUGCUGCUCCUUCUGUCCUCUUCGGUUUCCUUCCCUUUUCCUUUGUCUUCAGGUUGUUGGUGCUCCUAUAACCACUCAGGUAUUUUCCCAGCCUGCCUUGCUUGUCAUCCUCAAAAUGACUCACAGGAUUUUGUCAAGAGCCAGGAACAAAAGAUUCAAAAACGGAUGAAUAUUUUGUUUUUUAAAGUGCUGUUAAGACUUAAUGAAUGAGAUCAUUAUGUAAAUCAUGAGCAGACACAAACAGGACAUUCCAGUGUGGAUGGUAGUGGGAGGAGGAUCGCUCCCACUCUGUCGCCAGCUCUGUCGGCGCCACAUGAACAAAAUCCUUGUUUCCAAAAUCUGCUCCGUCCAGGAUUUAACUCAGCAUUGAUCACUAAUAACUGCUUUAACCAGAUCAGUCUGUGAAGUUUGAGUUGAUAGAUCAGUCCUGGCUCUGUGCUCAUGUGAGUCUUUGCAUGGAAGAUACAUUUGUUUGAUCCGUUUUUGGAUUGCGUUUUCACAUCACGAGAGUUAGAUACACUUCACCGAAGCACCUUUAAGUCGUCCCUAACAGAGUCUACUAACAGAGAAUCAGUACAGCUGUAGUCCUCAGACUAACUAGAGCCACUUGAAUUUAUCUUUAAGGAUUAUCAGUGUCAAAGAGCUGCACAUGUCACCUUUAUUUGACUUGUCCUAUCUCUUUUUUCAACUGGAGAGUGGCUGUCACACAAAAGUCUGUCUUAUAUUCACAGUCUUUGAAUUCCACUCAUGUUGUGUUUUUGUUUUUUUUGGUUAUGCCUGCAUUGACACAAUAUCUGAGUUUAGGAAUUUUUGUUUUUACCUGCUUCUAGUAAGUGACAAAAGUAGGAAAAUGUCUCAGUAGAUGUGAGACCAAAAAUUGGAUUUAACGGAUAUUAAACUUAAUCCUUCAACAUCUUGUACUUGGCAUUUCUAUUUUUGUUAUUUAAUAGUAAAAAGGCAAACACCAAAGUGACUCAUAGUGGGGUAGUCCACUUUUAAAGGCAUAUACAAAGCAGACAAACCAAAACAAACAAAAACAAAAGAGUGAAAACUUACAGAACUAGAACCAGCAUGCAUUAUCCUUUAAUAUUAUCCUUAUUUUAAAGGUGCGACACGUAGAAUAUAGAAAAACAGACAUGGAUAUAAUAAUCUGUAUAUGGUUUUCUCAGUACCAAAAUAGAGUGGAAGGUUUUGAAAUUCACAUGAGAGAGGGGUCUUCUUCUACAGAGGCCACUAUCUUUGAAUUGAAUUCCCCUUUUGGGAUCAAUGAAGUUCUUCUUAUCUUAUCUCCGUACCUCCAUACUUCCACGGUGGCACAGAACAGACAAAUUCGUAACCAACAUGUUUUCAGAUUUUGUAAGCAACAUUGGAAGACGAACAAACAACCAGCAAGAGUGGUUGUUGUUGUUGGAAUUAGUAGUGUUGGUGGUAUAAGAAACUUGACAAAUGGAGGAUUGUAGGCAUCUUGUAGUAGUCUCGUUGGAGUACUGAUAAGAGGGCUGAGCGCGGGGGUGGGGUGUCUUUAUCUAGAAUUCCAUCUCUCCAUAUUGCUGCAUAUUCCCGUUUCUACUCACUGUUCCUGUAAAACACAUUUCCACCAGCACCAUCAGAGUAUUGAGUUUGGAAAGCCAGGAUUGUCCACCAGUUCUUUCAAGAACCAGCUGACAAUAAAAGUGUCUUAAGUGAAUCACAGAGAGAUGGUUUCUAACCAAACUAAUGGAAGCACAAAGACCUUAAGAGUGCUGGGAAAGUUUGUAUUGUUCAGGUGAAUGAGUGUAUACUCAACAGGGACUGAUUUUAAUGGCUCCAUUCUGUCAUGUAAACUCAUAAUUAGUAUAAUUCUCUAUAAUGAAUGGUUUAGAUAGUGGACUGCUCUCUCUAAAUGUUUACAACUACAGCUGCAGACCAGAGACACUGAUUAUACUCUUUUAGACACCCUCUAGUAUCCUUCAUUUCACCAAACCUGCACAUCUGCGUGGCUCAUUCUCAUGCUGCCAUCUAGUGUCUGUAGUUUGUAUUGCAGUAGAAAUAUUUCACAUGUUUCCAGACACUGUUUGAACGGGCCUGUCUGAUGUGAUUUAGUUGCAUGUCAGCAUAAAACACACCAUCAUGUGUUUUGUUCUGGGAAUUACUGUUACUAUCGAACUAUCAUCCUAUUUUUUAAGCUGUAAUUUUACUGUUUCUUUUGCACCAGGUGAGGGUGGUGCAGGGUAAAGAGCCGGCUCACCUGAUGAGUCUGUUCGGAGGACAGCCCAUGGUGGUCUACAAGGGGGGAACGUCCAGAGAGGGAGGUCAGUCUGCUCCUGCAGAGACUAGACUAUUCCAGGUGCGCUCCAACUCUGCAGGACACACCAGAGCUGUGGAGGUAAGAGGACACACACACACACGUACACACACUUAUUCACUAUCCAACUUCACCCCUGAUGAUUUCCCAGUAAAACCAACAAUCAUUUUAUUUGUCAAAACUGACGGGUAUUGUCUUUACCUCUAAAGAUUUAGUCAUCAUGCUCUCUGUGCUAAAGAGCCCAGACCACAAAAAUGAGACCUUUACAGUCUUUACAGUUUCUGAGUUGCUAUCCAACUUGGAAACAUGUUUUUUUUUUGUGGUGUGUCACAAGAAUACAGGUUAUAGUUGAAGACAGCAGGAACCUUUGAAUAUAAAUGUUUCUUUUAAAUCAGCUAAACUUGAUCGCCGAAACCAAAGACAGACAGUAAAGCUUGCAUGUUCACCUGCAUCAUCUCUGUUUUCUUCAGCUUGAUGCUGUGGCCUCCAACCUGAACUCCAAUGAUGCCUUUGUUCUGGUGACCCCUGGAGACUCCUUCACAUGGGUGGGAGUGGGCGCCAGUGACACCGAGAAGCAGGGAGCCCAGCAGCUUUGUGACAUUCUGGGAGUGUCGACCUCUGAGCUUUCAGAGGGUGGAGAGACUGGUAAGGAAAAAUGACGAACACAAAAUGAUCUGAAAAUGUAAAUUCUCGACUAUUAUUUACUGAAAAACUGAUGGUAACGCUUUCUUUUACGGUACACUUAUUGCCAGGUAAUUAACAGGUAAUUACCUAGUAACAACAUGAAAUUAUCUGGUAAUUACAUGAUAACUACUAAGUCAAAACUGUCUAGUUUUUUCUUUUUUUCUGUGCAGCUCCAUUUUCAAACCUACCUGGUAGCUAGACAGUAUUGACUUAGUAGUUAUCAUGUAAUUACCAGAUAAUUUCAUGUCGUUACUAGGUAAUUACCUGUUAAUUACCUGGUAAUAAGUGUACCGUAAAAGAAAAGGUUAUCAAACUGAUUUUUUCUGUGUCCAAUGCAAACGGUGGUCAAGCUGUUUAAACGGCACCUGCAGAGAAGUCUAAUCGUUCUCUCUUUGUGUCUCAGCUAAAAGCAGUGCUUGUGUUCAUCUAUUUUAGAACAAAAGACGCACGAUUGCGUCAUUCUUAAGAUGUUUUCAACAACUUGCAAUUUGCUCGCAAAGCUCAAGAAGAAACUGGAUUCUCUGCCAGCAGUUUCAAACACUAAACCUCUGGCAACACAGAAAAAAGUCUGAUUGAAUUUUUUAUAAACACUGUGUUUUGAAGGGCUGGCCUCAGGCUGCCUGAGGACUAAAGAACAGAGCUUUAUGUUUGUAUUACUGUGAGCCUGAGCUCAGAGUUUAUAACCUUCAUUUUCAAAGUUCAUAGACUUAACUGCAGAAAAGUGACAAGUUGGAUCUGACACGGGAAUAAUAUUCGAAAGGUUAGAAAGGCUUUCUCAGAAUUCAUAAAUAUUGAAGAACGAUAUGUUUUUGUCAUAUGACAGUAAGUUUCUUAAACAUUUGAUCAGAGGUGUGAGGAGACUCAUUGCAGCUCUGUGUGCUCUUUUCACACUAUAUUUUUCUUUUGUACAGAUAUAAAGACAAAGUUAGUUACAAGUUUUUAUAGUAUUUAUACCUUUAAACAUCAAGCAGCUAGAGAGACAGAUAGUUCCCUUCAGGAGCGAACAGACUCGAGUCAGUAUGAGGUUUGGUGAGUUGAGGGUGCGUGUUGGAGACAGUUGUUCUCAGUUGUUCUCUUAAAAAGUAAGUCAAAAAGUGAGUCAGGUUUGACCCAGAAGCAAAAGUUGGAAGUUUGAGGGAAUUCAUUUGUUUGAUGUGUUCCUCACAGACCAGUUUUGGGGGGCUCUUGGAGGAAAGGCAGAAUAUCGCACCUCUACCAGACUCAAGGACAAGAUGGACGCUCAUCCACCCAGACUCUUCGCCUGCUCCAAUAAGACCGGGAACUUCAUUGUGAGUCUCUACGGUGAAAGCCUCCUCUUAAGACAUCAGAGUGUAACAGCUCAUGUCCUCUUAAACCCUUCUGUUCUUCUCUCAGAUUGAGGAGGUACCCGGGGAGAUGACCCAGGAUGACCUCGCCACUGAUGAUGUGAUGAUCCUGGACGCCUGGGAGCAGGUAAAGGGUCCAGAGCUUUGAAAUAACAGGGCUCAGGCACAGUGAUGAAAGAAAGUGUGAUACUGAAAACUGUCAUUUUUAGGUGUUUGUCUGGAUCGGAAAUGAAGCCCAAGAGGAGGAGAAGACUGAAUCCAUGGCAUCUGGUGAGGGCAAACAAACGACUUUCUGUAUCAUCACAUAAGACAUCAGCGCUGAGUGAUAUCAGCACAUAUAUCCAAUAUAGUGCUUCCCUUGGAACUGGUUGCCUUAGCGUUAUUGAUUUUUGCUCUUGACCUCUGUAUGCAGCUUGUAUUAAGAGAGCUUCUAAUGCCUAAGACCAGAUCACCAAAAGUGCUGAUAUUUAGUUCAACAUUCCUUCAUCCUGGGUGCUUAAAUUUAAAGAACAUCCAACGAAACUUUGUUUUGCUUUUGGAUCGAAAUUGCAGUAAACUGUAUUAUCCCCAGAACGACACACUUUUAUUUUAGAUUAAACUCGGUACAAAAAGCCGGACAAGCAGGAGAGGGAGAUUCUGCUCAGUCUUUGUAUUGAGGUGAAGAACAUGAAGUAGAAGAUUCCCUCUGGGAAAUUUUGAAAGGGCCACGGGGGCUACUGCCGGGGUGUUUGCAUUAUGAUGAGAUUCUUCAGAGAUUUUAAAUAAUUAAAAUUAGUAUUUGUGAUAUUAUAUACAAGGAGCACAUCUGCAACAAACAUGAAUUUUUUAAGUAUUCAUUUGUUUAACAAAAAACAAAGCUGGAGCUGUAAACAUUUGAAAAACUCCAAUAAUUGCUCUUUUAUUUUUGGCUUGUCCCAUUAACUUCAGUGCACAUUUUUCACAACUUACAUUGUGAAAAAUUCAUAUACAAUAAGUACACACUGAUCCCGAUCAAAACACGUGUUUUAAUAGGCCUAUAUAUAACUCCAUAACUCUUCAAGCUGUAGGACUUGAAGCGAAACUGAAUUUGUCCGGAAGAGGAAGAAGAAAAAAUCCACAGUAUAACGAUGGUGCCUCAGUUUGUUUUCCCAGAGGCCCUAAUAAAUCUCCUGAUAUGUUCUGGAUGAUCCAGAUUCUUAGAGUAGUUUUGUUUCUGUCGAGUGGUUUAGCUUUACUGCCUCUGGUAGAAAUGGACAUUUGCUUAACUCUGUUACAGUUGUAUAAUGGGUGGUGACAUCUGGGCGAGCAGACACAACUUUUACGACAUCGAAUUCAGGGUUGGCUCGUAUUUUUCUUGAUCUAAUUUGGAGAACAGCUGUGAUGAGAUUUGCUAAAUGUCCCCUGGCUCAAGCGUGACAUUUAGUGAGCAGACAUGACAGCAGAGAAUGGCAUCAAUUGUAACAUCUAACCUUUGGGGGUAAACAGCUAAUGAGCAUAUUUCUCUGAGUGUCAGAGUAAUUCCUGCAUCUGUUCCUGAAGGGCCAGAUGAUUCCUGGUUUUAAGACGUCAACAUUUCUUAGGACUCAGUUUUGCUUUUUUUAAUUACAGGCUGAUUUUUUCUGUGUUGUUGGCAGAAUUUACUGGAACGUAUCUUUUAGCAUUUGUUGGUGCUUAUUCCUGAUCAGUGUGCGCAUCUUGAUAUUUUAAAACAAUGGUUUUUAAUUCUUUUCAGGCUGUCACCAUGAAGUAAAUCAGCAUCAUCCUGUUGUGCUUUUUUAUUUUAUAAAACUUAAGACUCUUCUGGUCUUUCACAGCCGUCCGUUACAUCGAGACAGACCCGGCUAACAGAGACCGCAGGACGCCCAUCGUCAAAAUCAAGCAGGGCUUCGAGCCGCCAACCUUCACCGGCUGGUUCCUUGGCUGGGACCACGACUACUGGACCAGCGACCCUCUGGAGCGCGCAAUGGCUGAGCUCGCCAUGUGA